AUGAUAAAUAAGUAAACAGAAUAAAUAUUCUCAUAACUGUAAGGGGCAUUUUCAUGGGUUGAGAAGAUGAGAAAGAAGAAGCCAAUGACUUCGGAUAUGUAAAUUAAAGAAUUGUUAUACUUUUUAAAUAUUGAUGCUACGAAUGAAGAGAUUGAAGCAUUGAAUGAAUUGGCAAAUCCUGAAGGAGAAUAAGAUAUUUAAUAUGAGAAAUUGUAUAAAGUGUUUAUGAAUGAUUAAUAACAAGAGUAAAGAGAGGUUUUGGAAGCAUUUAGAUUGUUAUCAGGUUCAAAUAGGAUUGAAGUAGAUAAAUUAGAGAAUUGGCUUUAUAUUUAUGAUAAAAAGUAUCGAAAUAAUGUAAUUUGAAUUUAAUAAAAAAAGACUAAACAAUUUAUAGCAUAAUUGAAGUAGUCCCCAAGUUAUAAGUAAGGAUAUUUGGAUUUUGAGAAAUAUGUGAAAGAAGGUUGA